AUGCAAGAAAACAUUCAAGAUGACACGCAAAACAAUGGACAAGAAGUCACGCAAGAUGAAAUACAAGAGGACAUACAACAUUCAUUCGACGAUACUCAUAAGAACAUGCAAGAAAACACACAAAGGCAAAUGCAAAAGAAAGAUAAUGCAGAACAACAUCGCCCUAAAAAUAUCCAAACACCAAAACCCAAAAAAAGUAGGCAUGAUUCAACACUAGAAUUAGUAAAUAAAAGAGAAGACGAACGAUCUCUAGUAUAUAAAAAGAAACUUGAAAAACACUCUCCACUACAGCCAUCAGCAAUACGAAAAUUUUUUGACUCGAUGGCUGAUGUUGUGGAAACUUUUCAACUACGUGACCAGGCAGACAUUCGACUAAAAAUCUGUCAGUUGGUCACCGAGAGAGAGAUUCAACUUACACAACAAACUCCAUAUGUUGCAGCUCCAGUGUCAUCCGAUAAUUCGAGUGCUAUGACAGUAUCGACCCAUUAUGUUGCAACGCCGAUGACAUCUGAUGAAUCAAACACACCACAGACAUUGUAUGUUUCGACUCCGAUGCCAUCAACUGAUGAUUCGAAUUUUACUUGGUUGUAA